AUGCCACCUCUUGGCUUCUUCGACCCCCUGAACUUUUCCAAGCCGGGCCGACCGCUGGGCGUGUACCUCCAGGACCUGAGCGAUGAGGAGAAGUUCGCGUGGCUUCGCGCGGCGGAGCUGAAGAACGGCCGCGUGGCGAUGAUGGCGACGGUCGGAGCGGUGUUUCAGCACUUCGUGCGACUGCCUGGCUUCGAGAGCAUGCCGGCCGGCAUCAAGGCCAUCGAAAAGGCUCCCGGGAGCUACGGCUUCGUGAUCCUUUGGAUCUUGGCCGGCGUCCUCGAGCUUGGGCCGUGGAGGCAGGUUGCAGACAAGGGAGUCAUCGAUUUGCUGGCCUUUGGCGAAGCUAUAAGUGUCGGUCCGGAGAUCCACUGCCCUAUGCAUGACUAUGUCGGGCUUUGCUCUCAGAGGGUGGCCGCGCCACUUUUCGUGCCCGGAGCUCCCAGCACUCAGGGCACCCAGGCACCCCGCACAGCCGCACACGCAGCUGCGCAGACACCCAGCAGCGGCCUUUCGGCAGCUACCGUCGGCACCGUCGCCAGCGCAGGCAUGGGAGUUUUGGUGGCAGCCUUGUCUCGCGCUUCCGUGGGCAGGACAUCCCGGCCUCACGUCGCACGUAACUUCUUCGGCGGACCCACCUCGACACCGGCCAGCUUCGACCCGGCAACGGAGCUGGGUGUGCAAGAUCCGGUGGGAUUUUGGGAUCCCCUAGGGCUUGCGGCUGACAAGGACAAGGCCACCUUCAAUCGCCGUCGCGCGGUGGAGCUCAAGCAUGGGCGGAUCGCGAUGUAUGCGACCAUUGGCUACAUUGUCCCGGAAUACUUUCGCUGGCCAGGCUUCCUGUCCCCCUCGUUGGGCUUGAAGUUCUCUGACAUGCCCAACGGCCUUGCAGCUCUUUCCAAGCUGCCUGUGCUGGGUGGUGCUCAAAUCAUCGCCUUCGCCGGCCUCAUCGAGACGACAGGCUUCUUCCAGGCGGCCUCGACCACCGAUGGCCGUGGUCCGCGUGAGGGCCAGUUCUCCAUGAAGGACUCCACCGAGCGCCUUGGAGGCAUGCAGCCUGCGUGCAGCACGUA